CCAUUAAAUUAGUUCAUUUUUGGUACCAUAAAAAGGAUUCGAUUUUAUAUUGUAGCGUGUUGUGUGCAGAAGUCAUGCCAAAUAUGAAGUACCCCUUUUUAUUAUUGUGUUUGUUUAUCUAUCAUCAAUAUGUAGCAGCACAUAUGACAGAAAAACAAAUUGAAGCCACAAAGAAAUUAAUCAGAAAUACGUGCACAAAUAAACAGGGUGUCGCUAAAGAAAAAGUUGACGGAAUGCAAAAAGGAGAAUUUGACUUUGAUGAUAAAAAUUCGAUGUGUUACUUGCAUUGCAUACUGAAGACUUAUAAUUUGAUGAGAAAGGAUAACACAUUCGAUUGGGAAGAAGGCUUGGCAGUACUUAAAGAUAAAGCUCCGCCAAGUAUAGCUGUUCCCGCUAGUGCAAGUUUCGUGAAUUGUAAAGAGUCCGUCAAAACGAAAGAACACAAAUGUACAGCGGCUAUGGAGAUAGCUAAAUGUCUAUAUGAUUUCGAUCCUCCUAAUUAUUUCCUACCCUAAAGAAACCAAAGGACUUCAAAAGUGUAAAAAAUAUAUUUAAGUAGAUAAUGAUGCCACUUCUUUGUUAAAGUGUAAUAAAUACACAAAAAUAAAAGCCAUAUAUAUUUUA